AAAGCAAAGGAAAGCAAGAAAUUUUCGCAGUCUAGAAGCAUCUUAACUCAACCCUGGAAUCUGGAAACUACGCUACUCGGAGACACUCGCCAUAGACCGUAGAACUCUCUGGAACCUCCAACUUCAUUUUAUUUUCAACUCUCUUCAUUGUUCCUUCUUCCAAUUCCAUCUUCACGCACAUUCUAACUAACUUCUCAGCAUUUUCUGCGUUUCGAAAUGGACGAGGAUUUCGACAUGCCGGCGCCGGAGUCCAUGAACGACGACUUCGACUUCGCCGGCGGCGAUAUCGACGUCGACUACCCUGUCCUCAAGGUCGGCGAGGAGAAGGAGAUUGGGAAACAAGGCUUGAAGAAGAAGCUCCUUAAAGAAGGCGAAGGAUGGGACGCACCUGAAGUUGGUGAUGAAGUUCAAGUUCACUAUACUGGGACAUUGCUUGAUGGCACAAAGUUUGAUUCCAGCAGAGAUAGGGGAAGCCCUUUCAGUUUCACGCUUGGACAAGGGCAAGUUAUUAAAGGAUGGGAUCAAGGUAUUAAAACAAUGAAGAAAGGUGAAAAUGCUCUUUUUACCAUCCCGCCUGAGCUGGCUUAUGGUGAAUCUGGUUCUCCACCACCAAUUCCUCCCAAUGCGACACUCCAAUUUGAUGUGGAGCUGCUGUCUUGGACUAGUGUGAAGGACAUAUGUAAGGAUGGGGGUUUAUUUAAAAAGAUACUUACUGAGGGGGAGAAAUGGGAGAACCCCAAGGAUCCUGAUGAAGUAUUAGUUAAGUAUGAAGCAUGUCUUCAUGAUGGAACACUGGUUGCAAAAUCUAACGGAGUGGAGUUCACAGUCAAAGAUGGUCAUUUUUGUCCUGCAUUAUCAAAGGCUGUUAAAACCAUGAAGAAGGGAGAGAAAGUGAUUCUGACUGUGAAGCCCCAAUAUGGAUUUGGUGAGAAGGGCAAGCCAGCACAUGGUGAUGAAGGUGCAGUUCCACCAAAUGCAACAUUGCAGAUUACUCUUGAAUUAGUUUCUUGGAAGACUGUGUCAGAAGUAACUGAUGACAAGAAGGUCACCAAAAAGAUCCUCAAGGAAGGAGAAGGAUAUGAACAUCCAAAUGAGGGAGCCAUUGUGAAAUUGAAAGUAAUUGGUAAGCUGCAAGAUGGUACUUUGUUUUUGAAGAAGGGCCAUGAUGAUGAGUCGGAGCUGUUUGAAUUCAAAACAGAUGAGGAGCAAGUAAUUGAAGGGCUUGACAGAGCUGUGUUGACUAUGAAGAAGGGUGAGGUAGCAUUGUUGACUAUUUCACCUGAAUAUGCUUUUGGUUCAUUGGAGUCUCAGCAGGAACUGGCAGUGGUUCCACCAAACUCCAUUGUGCAUUAUGAGGUUGAGCUAGUAUCAUUUGUGAAGGAGAAGGAGUCCUGGGACAUGAACACCCAAGAGAAGAUUGAAGCUGCUGGCAAGAAGAAAGAAGAAGGGAAUGGAUUAUUUAAAGCUGGUAAAUAUACAAGAGCUUCGAAAAGAUAUGAGAAGGCUGUUAAGUUCAUUGAUUAUGAUUCCUCCUUCAGUGAAGAGGAGAAGAAGAACUCCAAAGCCUUGAAGGUUGCCUGCAAUCUAAACAAUGCAGCAUGCAAGUUGAAGUUCAAAGAUUACAAACAAGCAGAGAAAUUGUGUACAAAAGUACUGGAGCUUGAGAGUACCAACGUAAAGGCUCUCUAUAGAAGGGCCCAGGCAUAUAUCCAGUUGGCAGAUUUAGAUUUGGCUGAAUUUGAUAUCAAGAAAGCCCUGGAGAUUGACCCUGACAACAGGGAUGUCAAGUUGGAGUACAAGACUUUGAAGGAAAAGGUGAAGGAGUAUAAUAAAAAAGAGGCAAAAUUUUAUGGAAAUAUGUUCAACAAAAUGCAUAAACUAGAUUCGGUUGACAGUUAUAAAUCUGCGUCCAAGGAUGCCCAACCCAUGAAUAUCGAUAGCCCGGCAUAAGCACCAUGGAAAUUCAUCUAAUUUCUGGGGUCUGCUUUCUUAUUAUUUUUUGUGGACAUUUGGAAAUUAUGAUGGAUUAUGGGAUGUGAACGACAAAUUUUGUUCUAUUAUUUGCUAAGAACUGGGAAAUUUGUCUUGACCAAAUUACAUAUUGGUGAUGCGAGACAUGUUAUGGAUCCUAUAUUUGUGUGUGGGAGAGUAAGGUUAAGUUUGGGUAAGUUUUUUUAUAAGGAUUUGAAUGAGUUAAAAAUGCUAAAAUAAAUAAAAUUCUUUCUAC